CCAUAUGCUUGCGUGGUCACUGACUCACAGAACUGAGCAGACUGUGUCCGCAACAAUGGCUACCGCCGGAGCUUUCUACUCCGUUCCACUGAACUACCAAUUACACCGGCGGCCACUUCAUUUUGGCUAUCUACCUCAAGCUCCCUUUCUCCUCCCUGUCACUUGGCCACUCACCACUUUCUCUCGUCAAAAAAUUAUCAAAUUAUAUUGCCGUCGAAGCUCCGGCUCAAGGAUCCUCUUAAAUCCUGCCCGUGCCUUACUUUCAAGUCAAUCUCGAGAGGAGAGUGGCAGCAGCGAAGUUGAUCCGGAUCUUCGUUCUGUGCUUGAACUUGCAACUGAUUCUGAACUCUAUGAACUUCAAAGAAUUUUAUUUGGUCCAAGUUACUUUAGCCCAUUGUUGAAGUCAGUUACAAGGAGAACUGAAUUUGAUUAUGUUAUGGUCGGAGAAGACCCGGAGGAGAGGGAUGACUUUUUGUCAAUGCUUGAAUCAAGAUUUUUAUACCUUGCAGCUGAUGCACGAUCCACAUUGAGGGGUAGAAGACCAUCGUAUAGGGAGGUGUUGCUUGGUGUCAGGGAAAAAUUAACUAUAAGGUGCUCAGCCAAAUUGUCUGCAGAAGACCUGGAAGCUGAGAUUUUUCUUCAUCUGCUGCACGAGUACUCAAGCUCAAAAGAAAGCUUGGAUGCUUCUGACGGGCAUGGUAGUCUAGAAUUUGGACUUAGUAAGUGGAAGGUACAAGCUGCUGCUGCAAUAAAAGCUGGGGCAGAAGGGGUUCGUUCAGUAAUAUUAAAGGGUGGAGGGGUGCUAACAUUGGGGAAGAUAUACAGCGGGUUAGCCAGGAGAUUUUCAGGAAAGAUGCUAUUGGAGGCUGCCAACUAUCAGAUUAGUAGGGAAGUUCUUAAAAAGGGUGGAGAAGUGGCGGCUCUUAACCUGGAGUCCAGAUUGGCCUUGCUGGCUGCAAAAAAGGGCUUAGCAGGUGCUGCCUCCCGUUAUUUUGGCUUAAGGAGCAUGAUGACAUUUCUCGGCCCAAUUCUGUGGGGAACACUUCUAGCAGAUGUUGUCAUUCAAAUGCUUGGAACUGAUUAUGCUAGAAUCGUGCGAGCUAUUUAUGCAUUUGCACAGAUCCGAAUUACCCGGACAUACAAAACAUCUGAUGUUCGAUAAAAAAGCUUAUUUAGAGAUUGGACUCUAAAGUUGCAUCGUGGACAUUGCACACUGGGAUAUUGUUAGGCUGUUGACUUUGGAUCUGGUUCUACACUUGUUCAUAGUAGAUGUUGGAAAGUAUGUUGAAGGGCUUGUGCUUCAUUGUACAUAUGUUAGGCUGGAAGAUAAGCUUCUUUACUAAUUUAAGAUAGACAUGAGCCUCUGGGAACGCGUAAUUUUCUAAACUAUUUAGAUUACUAAUUGAAGAAAAUUCUGUUGCUGGUUGCUGCAAGUGUAACGUUCUGUUGUGUGUUGCGGUUUGUUUUAGUAUUGAUGUUGAUGAAUUUUGUUAA